AGCCACCCCGGGGCCGCCCUCUGCCUGGAGCCGCUGGCGGGCCUGCACCCGCCUCCUGCCGCCAGGGCCGGGAACGCGGGCAGGCCGGGGCGGCGGCACAGGAGAGCGGAGGAGCAGCGGCAGAGCGGGCCGGGGCCGCCAUGGUGCUGGUGGUGGUGAUAGGCGUGAGCGGCUCGGGAAACUGGGAUGGAAAUUCUAUGAUGCAGACAAUUAUCAUUCUCUAGAGAAUAAAAAGAAAAUGGCAGGAGGAACACCACUAAAUGAUGAGGACAGGAUUCCUUGGCUUUGUACAUUGCACAAUAUACUAAGGAGAGAAGACUCAUCUAGACAAGAUGCAAUUCUGGCCUGUUCUGCACUGAAGAAGAUGUAUAGGCAUAUAUUAGUUAAUGGAGCAUCUGCAAUUGAGACAGAGCAACCAGAAGAAAAACCAUCACUAAAGAUCCUCUUUGUUCAUUUGGAUGGGCCUAUAGACAUCAUUGCUGGUCGCCUGGAGAAGCGGAGAGGUCAUUUUAUGCCACCUGAACUUCUCAAGUCUCAGUUUGAUACUCUAGAGCCUCCUAGUGCACCUGAGAACUUCAUUACUGUCAGUCUAGAAAAACCUCUCCCUGAAAUAGUGCUAGAGAUUGAGAGCGCCAUUCUUCAGGGUGAGGCAUUGGUGGAGUAAUUUUCUGAAUGACACAUAUAGAAAUUCCCUUGAUGAUAUCAAGGUUAUGAAAGAGGAUUUUAAUUAUUAAAUUGAUUAUUAAAUCAAACCAAUUUAUUAUUCAUUAUACUUAAAUGGAUUGCAAUAUUAAGAGCUGGUUUACUACUCUUGGGUUUUUUUCAUCGUGGCUCUGUAAAAGACAUAAAAGGUAUAAUUUUCAAGAACUUUCAACUUUUUAAACCCCUCACUAUAUGAAGCCAAAACUCCCAUUUUAGUAAGAACCCUAAAAUGGAAGUCAACACUCCCAUUUUAGCAAAAUCCUGCCAAGAUCACAAAGAAUAAUUUAUUUUCUUAAUUUUAAUGUUUACUCUGUCAGACAUGGAGAUGGGCACAUCUGCUAUUAGGAGAUUAAGUAAUUUACAGCUUUGCCAGAAACAAUAUAUUUUUCUGGAAGAGACAGGAACAUGCAUGAUGUUCCUACACUACCACUGUCUCACUGCCAGAUUUUCAACAAGUUGCAGCCUCUGCAUUUGUGACCUUGCCGACCUCACCAGAGCACUGAUGAUGUCAUGAGCUCUUACUGUAUGCACUGAACAUGAAGCUAAAAAAUGUGAGACAAAAAAAGGCAGUGGUGGUAACACAAUAUACAAAAUACAAUUGUAUGGACAGCUUUGGAAAUAAAGUAUAAGUGGCAUCAUGCUGGCUCUGAA